CGGAAGAAUAGAUCUGAAAUCUCGUUGCUUUUGAUGAAUUUGUUGACUCUGGGAUUCAGAUUAUGAGGAGCUGGUUCAUCAUUUGCAUGAACCGGCUUGUUUGAAUUUGUUAGAUAGUACAGACUGUAAAAAAGUUACCUUUACUUUACUAGCCCUUAUUUCCUUCAUACUGGUUUAUUCUGAAUAAAAGUUAUGGAGCAAGAAGAACACAAUAUUGAUGGAUAUGGUGAGGAUAUACCUUUGAAAGAAAACCGAAUUCACAGGAGUCAUUUCCCGGAUGCUGUAAGAAGGAAAGCAUAUAUAUUUGAUGGACAAGGCAAUUACUAUAACAAGGAAUGGGAUCUUCUAGAAGGUAAAGGGAGAGAAUUCUGUUGGUAUCAUGUUGAAGUGCCCAAAGGAAACAAUAAGUUGUCGCAAUCAGCUCAACACCUAAUUGAUGUUCUUUGCCCUCCGUUGAAGCUUCAAGACAUUCUUUCACUUGUUAGCAAUGGACCCUUUUGCGGGCAUGUUGAUGGUGCACUUGUGUUUCGUGUUAAUUCCCCCGGACCCACCUCUAGCAAAUUUACUUUCAGAUUAGCUGCAAGAGUGACUGAGAAUGCGGUCAUUACUGUCUCUUUGGGGCGUGUUCCUAGGUUAGGAUUCUCGCCUGUUGGUCAGUCUCUUCUUUCGGAGAUUCCUAGUGUGGAGAGUCCUCGUUAUGGUAGAGGAGGAGAGAGCGGUGGGAUUGUAAUAAGGGAACAUGUAUUGGAGUUUCUGUUGACAAUGAAUCAUUCUGAGGAGGCUGAUAAUCCUGUCCCAAACUCUGUCUCCAAUCUUAUUGUUCAUAUCAUUGAUACUCAUGUGGAUCACCUCCAAGAUAUCGUGACAAAACUGGAGAUUGAUCUUGAUUCAGUCGAAUUGGAGCUUGAUAGAGGUGGAUUUACUCUGAAAAAGCAAAUGCUAGAUGAUCGAAGAUUCCCCAAAAUGCAUCUUGAUCUGCAACGCCUUCUUCAGGUUAUUGCUCAUGGGGAGCAAGUAUUUCCUCGAGUGAAGGAAAAGUGUUCUUCAAAGCAUUGGUUUGGCAGUGAAGACAUAAACUCUCUAGAAGAACUAAUUGGACGGCUAAGGAGAUUGAAAGAGAACGUCGGAUUCAUAGCCAAUCGCGUUACUGCAAUCCAGGCAGGUCUUGAUAGCUGGCAGGCAGAGCAAAUCAAUAGGAAACUAUACUAUCUCUCUUUCCUUUCCAUCAUAUUCCUUCCCUUAUCCAUUAUCACAGGAGUGUUUGGGAUGAACGUGGGAGGAGUUCCAUGGACGGGACAAAGGGAUAAUUUGAAAAUCAAGGAUGGGUUUCAUAAUGUCAUGCUUCUAUGUUUAGCAAUGCUAGUCUUUCUGCUUCUGUUUUUCAUCAUCAUCCCAAAACUUUACACUCGAGUUGCAGCUUGGAGGAGAAAAAGAGCUCUUAACAAGAGCUGGUCUCUCAACAGGAAGUCAUUCCUUAAGAGAACUUUAGAAGGUGGCGAUGAAAAGGAAAGAAGCGGAGGUUACCUUAGAAUAUGAGGUAAAA